CACAGGCCCAGCCCCGGCCCCAGCUCCAUCCUCCUCAGCCUUGUGCUCACUGAGCAGCCUCCAUGCAGAGAGUCACCCGCUCAGGAGCUAUUACUUCCUCUGAGCUACUCGACUAAGGCCCUGCAUGGAACUCCUCAAAGCUUGGCCCAAGUCUUCCCUGAACCUGCUGGUGUUUGCCAUCAUGCUCUCAGGGGCUCCAGGGAUCAUAUGGAUAGAACCCCCAGACCCAGUGAUCACUCCUGGGGGAAACCUGCUAGUGAACUGCAGUACAGACUGUGACCAGCCACAGCUCAUUGGCCUGGAGACCCAACUUGACAAGACACAAAAAGACAAUGGGACCAGGUGGAGAGUAUUCCUACUAAGAAAUAUAACCCAGGAUACCCGGCUCCUCUGCUUUGUCAACUGCCCUGGGAAACAACAGAUGCUCUACAGUACCAAUGUCACUGUGAUUCAGCCACCAGAACAUGUGGAUCUUGAGCCCCUGCCUCGAUGGAUUCUUGUGGGCCAGAAUUUCAUCCUUCGAUGCCAAGUUUGGGGUGGGAAACCCAGGCAAAACCUGACAAUGGCAUUGCUUCGGGGACAUCAGGAGCUGAGCAGGCAGCCAGUCUCUGAACAGGCCCCAGAAAAGACAGCUGAGGUCACAUUCACAGCCACAGCCAGUCGAGAGGACCACGGGGCCAAUUUCUCCUGCAGAGCCGAGCUGGACCUAGGAGCACAAGGGCUAGAAUUGUAUCAGAAGAGCUCAGCUCCCAUGGAGCUCCACACCUUUGUACUGGGUACCCCUCGACUCAUAGUUCCCAAGCUUCUGGAGGUCGGGAAGGUGGAGACCAUAAGCUGUGAGACUGACAAGCUCUUCCCAGUGGAGAAUGCCCAAAUCCACCUGUCCCUGGAAGGGAGAAGCUUGAGUCCUACAGUUAGGUGGGGCCAGGACACGCUCAGGGCCACAGCCCCAGUAAAGGGACAGAGAGAGGGCCAGUGGGAGCUGACCUGCAAUGUGAUCCUUGGGGAUCAGAACCGGGAAGUCCGAGGAAAUCUCACUGUUUACAAAGCCUCGAGGGACCCUGUGCCCAUCGUCAUGUGGGUGCUGCUGGCCCUGGGCCUCGUGGUCUUGGCAGGGGCAUUCGCAAGCCUGUACCUCCGGCGGACACUGCGGAGAGGCAGUUACCAGCCCCAGAUGCUGCCUCUGCAGGACCGGGUACCGACUGAGCUACCUGAGACCCGCCCUACAGGCCCGAGCCCGGAAGCCACGGCCUAGGUCAAUAAAAGAUACUACUGAGACAAC